AUGGCUGCCUCUGCUUCUUCACUUCGCUUCCUUUCCUUAACCCCUCAAUCACUCUCCCACUCCCACCAUUCAUCUCCUUCUUUCCCUCUUUUCACUUCCAGUUCCUUUAAACCUCUCACGAAGUCUGUAAUAUCAUUGUCUUACAACAAUUACAAUAUUGUUAACACUUUUUUACGACUACCCAAUUCUAAGUUUGUACGGAACGUUGCGUUUUCAUCUGAUUUGGACCAAGUGGAAGAAGAUGAGGAUGCUGAUUUUUCUGGGUCAGGGGAGCCCAGUUACUCGGCUGACGUCAAACUGUUUGUGGGUAAUUUACCUUUCAAUGUUGACAGUGCUAAUCUAGCUGAAUUAUUUGAACGAGCUGGAAAUGUUGAGAUGGUUGAGGUUAUCUAUGACAAGGUCACAGGCAGAAGCAGGGGGUUUGGUUUUGUGACAAUGUCGACAGUCGAGGAUGCUGCUGCUGCAGCUCGACAAUUCAAUGGAUAUGAACUUGAGGGGAGAGCAUUGAGGGUCAAUUCCGGGCCACCACCUCCUAAGAAGGAAAGGUCUUCAUUCAGAGAGCCUAUGGCAAGGACAAGUUUUGAUAAUACUAACAGAGUUUAUGUGGGAAACCUUGCAUGGGGAGUCGACAAUCUUGCACUUGAAACGUUGUUUAGUGAGCAAGGAAAGGUUUUGGAAGCCAAGGUUGUUUAUGACAGAGAUAGUGGUAGAUCCAGGGGUUUUGGAUUCGUAACUUACAGUUCUGCUAAUGAAGUAAAUAAUGCCAUUGAAUCGUUAGAUGGUGCUGACCUUGACGGCAGGCCAAUUCGAGUCAGCCCUGCUGAAGCUCGGUCAAGGCGCGAGUUUUAA